CGCCGCCCGUCACUACUGAACUCCUCUUAAAUCCUCACAAGUACACGAAGUCAGAGGGAUUAGUUCUGUUCCUGGGCUCCGAGCUACUGCCUUGCUCUGUACACUGCAGAGUCAUUCUUUGAGCAGCACCACUUUUCUCACCCUUUUCCCUUUUUUUGUUUAUUAUUGUGGCCCUUUUAAAAGAGUAAAAGCGGUGCUGAUCUUUGUGAAACUGGGUCAAUGUUUUGUGGUAAAGCAAAGCCAUCUGACAAGGAAUAAACAGAGGAACCAUGAGCACAGCCAAGCCCAGUGGACUUAAAGCCCCAAGCAAGAUUAGCAGACCUGCAGGGUCUGGGACUACCAAAACAUCUCCUUCAAGUGGUCCCAAAGCAGUUCCAGGUGACAAAGCUGCAACUGAUGAGAAGGAUGCAUCUGAAGAGUUCAAGGUUGGAGACCGUGUGUGGGUCAAUGGCAACAAGCCAGGCUUCAUUCAGUUUCUAGGAGAGACACAAUUUGCUCCGGGACAGUGGGCAGGCAUCGUCCUGGACGAGCCUAUCGGAAAGAACGACGGCUCUGUGGCAGGAGUGCGAUACUUUCAGUCAGAGCCAUUGAGGGGUAUCUUCACACGGCCCUCUAAGCUUUCUCGUACUGAGGGUGAGGCCAAUGGGACGACGACAGCACCUGCUUCACCAACCCCUUCCACCACACCGCCACCGUCUGCUCCAUCAACAACCACUACCACCAAAAAAGCGGCCACGCCUACAAAACCUGACACGGCAGCUUCAAACCUCACUCGCUCAAACAGUGAGUCAGUGUCCAACCUGUCAGAGACUGGCUCGGUGAAGAAGGGCGAACGAGAGUUAAAGAUGGGCGAUCGUGUACUGGUUGGCGGUACCAAAGCUGGUGUAGUGCGUUUUUUAGGGGAAACAGAUUUUGCCAAAGGCGAGUGGUGUGGAGUUGAGCUGGAUGAGCCCUUAGGAAAAAAUGAUGGUGCAGUUGCUGGAACCAGGUACUUCCAGUGCCAGCCCAAAUAUGGUCUUUUUGCCCCUGUGCACAAAGUGACCCGCAUAGGCUUCCCUUCUACCACUCCUGCAAAGGCAAAGACCACAGUGCGAAAAGUAGUGGCUACACCAGCAGGUUUGAAACGCAGUCCAAGCACCUCCUCAAUCAGCUCUAUGAGUUCUGUGGCUUCGUCUGUAAGCGGCAAGCCCAGCCGUACAGGACUGUUAACAGAAACAUCGUCACGGUAUGCCCGUAAGAUUUCUGGAACCACAGCACUGCAGGAGGCACUGAAGGAGAAGCAGCAGCACAUCGAGCAGCUCCUCGCUGAGCGGGACCUGGAGCGGGCUGAGGUUGCCAAGGCAACCAGCCAUGUGGGGGAGAUGGAGGCGAAGAUGGAUCACCUGCGUACCCUGGUGGAGGCUGCAGACAGGGAAAAGGUGGAACUGCUGAACCAGCUGGAGGAAGAAAGGAGAAAAGUGGAGGACCUUCAGUUUCGAGUAGAAGAAGCUUGUAUUACCAAAGGCGAUUUGGAGACGCAGACCAGACUGGAGCAUGCCCUCCUUAAGGAGCUCGAGCAAAGUCUGCUCUUUGAAAAGACCAAAGCUGACAAACUCCAGAGGGAGUUAGAAGACUCUAGGGUUGCCACAGUGUCUGAGAAGUCACGCAUUCUGGAACUGGAAAGGGACCUUGCUUUGCGGGACAGAGAAGUGGCUGCCCUUCGGCAACACCUGGAGGCCAGACCUGGAGAGGGAGCUUCUACUCAGGACCCCACAACUGUAGUCCUUCAGGAAGAGGUCAAUUCACUCCGUGCCCAGCUGUCCUCUCUAAGAACUAGCCAUGAGGCAGAGCUGGCUGCCCUGAAUGCCAAGCUGGAGGCUGAAGAAAAAGCACAUUGUGAGGCUUUGGCUCAUAUCCAGGCCUCUUCAGCACUUUUAUCCAAAGACAAUGAACAGCUUCGCACACGAUUAAGCGAGGCAGAGAAGGAGAAUGCAGAUGUUAUUGAGCUCUGGCGCUCCAAGCUAGCCUCUGCCAUCACUUCACAUCAGCAAGCCAUGGAGGAAUUGAAGGCCUCUUCAGGUAAGGGGGUCACCGACUCUCAGGCAGUUGAACUUGUUGAGUUAAGGGAGGCUUAUGAAAGGCUGAAGGCAACGCACAGCCUGGAGCUGGAGGAGAGCAUAGCCAGGCACAAUGCUGAUGCUAAGAGGUGGAUGCAAGAAGGUGAAGAACUACAAAAACAGUUACUUUUUGUAACUGAAGAGAAGGAACGAUUGGUUGAAUCUCUGCGAACUAACCUGGAAAGCGUAGAGGAGCAGCACCUGGUGGAGAUGGAAGAAGCUUUGGGCAAGUUGCACAAUGCUGAACUUAGGAUAAAAGAGCUAGAGGAGGAAAGACUUAAGCUGGGACAGCAGGUGGAAGAGAAGGCCCAGGAGGUUGAGGACCAAAAAGCAGCCCUUCAAGCCCUUUGCUCUCAGCAGAGCCAAGGCAACCAGGAGGUUCAAAGUCUAUUAGCCCGUCUAGAAGAAGCAACAAGCAAGGCCAGGUCACAAGAAGGCAAGGUCACCGAGUUGACCUCUGUGCUUGAAGGCAAGCAGCAGGAGAUGGAGGGCCUGCAGCAGAGCAUGGCCUCACAGCAGCAAAUUAAUAGCUCUCUAGAGAAAGAGCUCCUUGACUUGAAAGAAAAGCUCACCACAUCUUUAAAUGAAAAAACAGAGUCCUCAAACGCUAUGCAAAAGUUACAAGAAAUGCUUAUCAAGAAAGAGGAUCAGUGCACAUCUCUUUUCACUGAAUCAGAAACACUCAAAGUCCAUCUUUCUGAUGCAGAGAUGAAAUUGAAAGCAGAUGAAGAGAAGCUUGACCAGCUAACUAAAGAUAAGACUAAGCUUGAAAAUGACAUUAGUGACUUGCUAAAAUCAUCUGGAGACAGCUCUGCUCAGCUGACGAAGAUGAUGGAAGACCUCAGUCAAAAAGAGAGGAGACUUGAGGAGCUUCAGAAUCAGCUUUUGGAGCAGAAGCAGUUAGUUGCUCGUUCUGAGGAAAGUAGGAAUCAGGAGCAGGCUCGAGCCAAACAAGAGAUGAAUGACACCGUUGGGAAACAUCAGGAAGAGGUUUGCACCCUUCAGGAGAAGAUGAGACAACUGGAGAAGAACGUAGAGAAGACUCAAGCUAAAGUUCAAGAAACCCAGGUGUCUGGAGAGAAAGAACUUGCCAAUGCUUUAGAGCAGCACUCAAAAGAGCUACAAGUGCUACACAGUCAAGUUGAAACAGCGCAACAACAGCUCUACCUGUCUGAAGAGAAGUGCCAAAAGCUCAAAGAAGAGGUGGAAGAGUUGAUGAUCUUGAAAGAAAAGGUUCAGUCGCUCACUGCUGAAUUGGCUUUCUCCAUGCAAAGGGCUGACAAACUUUCUUCUGAGAUUAAGGAUCUAAAGUUGUUGUCUGAACGUCUGUCUAAGGAAAGAGAUGUUCUUCAUGUUCGGAAGGAAGAUGCUGAGCAGCAAAUUUCAGAUUCUCAAUUGAAGAUAUCCAAUCUUGAGGUCAUUCUGGGGGAUCUUACGUCUAAAAAUAAGGAACUAACAGCACUAAAUGAACAGUUAAGCCAUGAAGUUAAAGAACUGUGUUUAACCAGCCAGCACUGGCAUGAGGAGAAGUCAGCAAUCAACACUGAGAAAGAAGAACUUUCCAAGGAGUUGCGGAAGAUAAUAAAAAAUCUGGAAGAAAUGAAAGCUGAGAAUGCUAUUCUGAAGGAGACUGGAGUGAAAAAUUUGAUACAAGUCAAAGAUCUUGAAAAGCGUAAUGCUGAGAGUCAACAGGUAAUUUUGAAGCAUCAGCAGGAGAUCCUGCAUCAAGAAGCAAACAGUACACAGUUAUCGCAGAAACACAAGGAGGUCUGUGAGGAAAGAGACAGGUUUCAGGAGAAGCUGAGAUGCUGCAAAGAGGAACUACAAUUUGUUAGAUCACUCUGUGCAAAGAAUGAAGAGCUUCGGUCAGUGCUACAGUCUGAGAAAGAGGAUCUGUCUUCCCAUAAUGCAAAGCUGCAAGCUGAAACUGAAUUUCUCCGCAGUGAGCAUGCAAAGAUUUCGGCAAAUCUCAAUUCUACUGUAUCAGACAAAGAGUGUCUGUUUGUUGAAAAUGCAGAGCUUCAGAAGCAGCUUCAGACCACCAAGACCGCAUUGGAAAAGUCUGGCAAAGAUAAUGUUGAGCUUCAAGCUUCUAAGGACAGCUUUGCAAGAAUGCUUGAAGAAAUCAAGACUAGUAGGGAAAUUACAGACUCUGAGAGGCUUGUACUUGUGCAAGAAAAGGAAGAUCUCCUUGAAACCCAGAGGAAGAUGUAUUCUGAGAAGCAAGAGCUAACUAAAGAAGUAGAAGUUCUUGUUGAAAAACUGCGCCUCAGCACGGAAGAGGCUAAUGCCACCAAUGAGAAGAUCCAGCUUGAAUCAACAGCUUUUGCCACAGAGAAGCAAAUAAUUUGUGAAAAGCUCACAGAGACAGAGAAUACCCUUCGCACCUUUGAAGCAGAGACAAAAUGCCUGAAGUCUGCUCUUGAAAAGAAAAAUAAUGAAAUAGAGCUUUUGGAACAACAAAUAAGUAGCUUAAAGGAGAAAAAUGACAAAGAAAUGUCUGAAAAGGCAUCUCUCUUGGCAGAGCAAAAGCAACUAGCAGCAGAUUUAGAAAGAGUAAAAGAUGACCUGAAGAACUCUCUGAUUGCAAAUGCUGACUUGCUAAAUGAGAAAACCAGUCUAGAAUCAGAUCUGGAAAAAAUGAAGCAGAUACAGGAGCAGAUAAGUUCAGAGAAGAUGAAACUGACACAGGAUAAUGCCAGUUUUCAAGAUCUUCUUGAGAAGAUGAAUUCUGAGACAAAGUCUCUAGAGAAGGCCAAAAUAAGUGCAAGUGAGGAAAAUCAGAAAUUACAACUCACCUUGGAUCAUGUGAAGCAGGAGCUUGCCCAGAAUAUUGACACAUUUGCAAAAGAUAAAAUGUCCCUUCUUUCCCAGCAAACGGAGUUAAACAAAGUCAUAGAGGAGCUUCAAAAGUCAAACAGUGAUCUGCUUCAGCAAGCUGAAGGCCUCUCCGAUCAGAACAAAUCUCUUUCAGAAGCCAAGAAUUGCUUAGAAACUCAUCAGCAAACUCUGGAAAAGGAAAAUAAUGACUUGUCUGCUAUUAACAAUAAACUUUCUAAAGAGGUUGAGGAACUUCUGCAAAGCAUUACCAGUUAUGACAAAGAAAAAGCCAGUCUCCUGGAAGUGCAGUCCAAGUUAAAUGCUGAAAUUGAAUCUAACAAGACUGAAAAGGAGAAGGCAGGGCUGGAGCAACAAUUACUGUUUAACCAAGUAGAAGAGUUACAUAAUUCACUUAAAGAGCUGUGUUCAGAGAGAAAAGAUCUUCCUGGAGCUUCCUGUAUUCAAAAAGUUGAGGAUAUAUUCUCUGUACUCCAGAAGGUCAAUGAAGAGAGAACUUCACUUACCAAAGAAAUUGAGCUAUUAAAAGCCCAAGAGAAGAAGAAUGAUGAGGUUAGAUCAGAUAUGAUUGUUGAAAAAGACCUACUGUCUUCCAAAAUUAAGAAGCUGGAGGUGGAAACUGCUUACCUCAUUAAGGAAAAGGGUGAUCUUGAAGCCUCACGUUGUUCUCUAGAGCAAGAGGUCCUGUCUCUUCGUCUUAGCCUGGAAACAAGUGACAAGAAGUGCUUUGACUAUCUAAUGAAGGUGAAAGAGAUGAAAGAAUCUCAGCUUUCUUUAAAAGAACGCCUACAAAAGCUUCAAGAUGACAAUGUUAAAUUGGAGGAGAAACAAAAAGCUGCAAAAAUGCAGGUGACCCUUUUAUCCAAGACACAGGAUGAGAUGGCCUCCAGUCUGGCUGCAGUGCAAGCUCAGAGGGAUUCAUUGCAGAUUGAAAAGGAAGAAGCCAACUCUUUGGUGAAUCAACUUAAGGCCCAAAAUAACAGUGUUCUAUCAAAGCAGCUUGAGGCUGCAGAGAGUGCUGGUCAGACUGCACGGGCCUUGGAGAGAUUGUCCGAAGAGAAGGUUGCCUUGCAAAAGGAGAAGCUGGAGGCAGAGACUCUAGUCCAGGAGUUCAGAAAAGCCAAACAGGAAAUGCAGGAUCAGCUGAACAGUCUGACAGAACAGAGCUCUCAGUACCAAGAAGAGCUGAAAAAAUCCAAAGACCAGGUGAAAUCUGCAAAUGAGAGGAUCAGCGGUCUUUGUAAAGAAAUUGAGGAGCUGAAAAAGGCAGCAUCUGAAAAGGUCUUGGCCAUUGAUGCUGUAACAAAGGAAAAGGCAAAGCUGGUUGAAGAACUUUCUAGCAGCCGAGAGGAAAAUGAAAGCAACCAAAGACUCAAGAAGGAAUUGGAAAGCCUCCAAAGUCAGUUGAAGGACAUGGAAAAGAGGGAGUAUGGUUUGAAGAGUGAAUCAGACAAGGAGAAAGCUGCGCUACAACAAUCUAUCCAAAAAAACAGUGCCUUGAUUGUAGAGCAGAAUAGAGAACUGGAGACACUAAGAAAUGAGGUAUCAGUGCUUCAUGGGGACAGUUCUUCAGCGAAGACACUGCAGUCCACUGUGAAGUCUCUAGAAAGUGAUAAAGUUCAGCUACAGGAGCAAGUUCGCGUUCUGGAAAGGAGCUUAGCUGAAGCACGAGCAGGCAGCCCUGGAGACGUCCCCUCAGCAGGUUCUUCUGUUCUGGACCAGUUGAAAGAAGCAAAAGAGACUGCGGAGAGUGAGGCAGCGAUUGAAUUCCUGAACUCUGUCAUCGUGGACCUACAGCGCAAAAAUGAAGAGCUGAAAGCUAGGCUUGAGAAAAUGGCCGAGGCAGCACUUAAUGGUAACACCGCCAGUGAGAUGGAUAAUCAUGAGAGCUUGGCUGAGGCUAAAACCAAAAAGAAACCCCCGCCACGCCUCUUCUGUGACAUCUGUGACUGCUUUGACCUCCACGACACAGAGGACUGUCCCACGCAGGAGCAGAUGCCUGACUCUCCCCCACACACCACGUACCAUGGCAGCCCCAACGAUGAGAGGCCUUACUGUGAUACCUGUGAGAUGUUUGGCCACUGGACCGAGUCUUGCAACGAUGACCAGACUUUCUAAAUCCUCGCCUCUUCCUUUUCCUCUUUAUUUAUACCUGCAAUACCACAUGCGCCUUCAAUAACGCACUGCACAGGUGUGUUCAUCUUUGUGUAGUGUGAGAGAGAGAGAGAGACUGUUUGUGUGUCCACUGGUUUGCCACGCGACACACAUCCUCAAUUUAAAAAUAUUAUAUAUAUGCUUGUCUAUGAUUUAAUGGUUUUGCAUACCUUCUAUUGCUGUAUUCAUGAAUCAGAAAAUCGUUUAUCAAGAAACGGUUAAACAGAUCUUUUUUUAUUUUUUUAUAAAUCCACUAUACUGAAUUUGACAGACUUGUAUGAUGAAUAUGGAUGGAGGAGGCAGGAGGUGUCUACUUAAAGCCAUCAGUGUGUUUUGGCAUCUCUGAUCUGUUCCAAAAACAAAGCAAAGGGCAUGACGUUCUCUGAAUGUCUGGCGAGAAAAAGCGCUACAAUCCUGAUGCACUUUACUCCCUGAUCCUCUUCCCUGUUUCUAGCUCACUGUAGAACAAAAUCGCUUUCCGUAUGAACAGAAUGUCAUUUAAAGAUGAUAUCGAUUCUGUAUGUGUGUGUUAGUGAUUUUGUUUUUUGGAAUAUCAUAUCUGUACAAAUAGAAAUAAAUAAUUAUUGU